AUGCACUAUGUUAAUGGCCAAUCAGGAGGUGUGUUUUUUGUAUACAAAUAUGGAGGCACAGGUAAAACAUACAUUUGGAGGACAUUGUGUGCUGCAAUUAGGAAGAUGGGUGAAAUUGUUUUGCCUGUAUCAUCAAGUGGAAUUGCAUCCCUACUUCUUCCAAAAGGUCGAACCGCCCAUUCAAGGUUCGGGCUUCCACUCAAUGUUUGUGAAAACUCUACGUGUGUAGCUAUUAGGCCUGGUUCUGACUUAGCUGCAUUGCUCAUGAGAACAAAGCUAAUUAUCUGGGAUGAAGCACCAAUGAUGCACAAAUAUUGCUUUGAAGCACUUGAUAGGAGUUUAAAGGACAUAGCUAUUGAUCGAGAUAAUUUGCAUCGACCAUUUGGAGGUAAAGUUUUGAAGCUUACACGCAAUAUGAGACUUCAAUCAUGUUCUUCUUCGUCUACCGCUAAUGAAAUAAGGGACUUCUCAGAAUGGAUACUGAGCGUUGGUGAUGGCAGAGCUGGAGGGCCCAAUGAUGGAGAAGUCGAUAUUGAAAUAACUGAAGAUAUUCUUAUAGACGGUGGAGAUGACCCCAUAUCAUCGAUUGUCGACAGCACAUACCCUUCACUCACUGAUCACCUUUGGGAAGCCAAAUACUUCCAAGAAAGAGCAAUUCUAGCUCCAACUAAUGAAAUAGUUGAGAAGGUAAAUGAUCAUGUGUUGUCCACAAUUUCAGGUGAUGAGAAAAUUUACUUGAGUUGUGAUGCAAUUAGUAAAGAUGAAGCGAACUUAGGGGCUCAUGAUAUAUAUUCUACUGAAUUCUUAAACACAAUAAAGUGCUCGGGCCUGCCAAAUCAUAGUAUUAAGUUAAAAGUUGGUGCGCCGAUCAUGUUGCUUCGUAAUAUUGAUCAGACAUCUGGAUUGUGUAAUGGCACGAGGCUGGUAGUGAAGCAUUAA